GUUGCCACAGGUGACACGAAUAAUAAUGUGAACGUAAACAACCCUCCGAUUUGCUGCCGUAACGCUCUAGAGAAUUGAAAAGUUUAUUAGCACCACGCGGAAACCAUGGAGAAUGAGUUCGUCGAAGAUGAUGCUAAUCCAAAUAAUCCCAGCAAAGUUCGAAUAUCUAUAACAAGAGCUUCUUUUUCGGAGGACGACAGUGACCUUGAAUCGCCAGAAAAAUCUACAAGACAGAUUGCUGAUUCAGACAGCAGUAUUGACGAGCAAGAAACGAGAAUGAUGCAGGAGCAUGAACAGAUUGAAAAUGAACAGUUACACGAAGGCGAGAAAGUAGAGGAACAUAACGACGCGACCUCGACCAAUGAUUUUGUCAGAGAUUCGAGAUCAACAGAGGACGAACAAGUUACCAAAGCUUUCGAAAAUGGCGUGACCCUACAAGACGAAGCCGAUGCAGCGACAAAUGACAGACGCGAAUCAGUUGGAAAAGUUAAUAAUGAUGAGCCGGGUGAAUCCGCACAAAUUAAUAACAAAGAAGACUCUUCAGCUUCGUCGCCCGCCAAAAGUCCUGCAAUGGAGAUGAUCGGUGACCGGGUUCUCAUAGAACGUGACGGCAAAUUCGAACUUGUAGAUGUAAGCGAGAUCAAAGCAGAAUAUUACGAAAUGUUGGGAAUAUCACCUGAAACUACUGGCGAAAACAACGGAAGCGAAGAAAAAGGCAGCGAAACAACUGAAAUUGAUGACAAGGAAAUCCCUGAGGAAAAACCUGAGUCACGACCAAGACCAAAAACUACUUCGGUUCACGAACAGCAUCGGAGAAACGAAAAGAAAAGAAAUACAAGGAGUGUUGAUAGAACUCGAAGUCAGAGCGCAAAGGCGAUUCGACAGAGAAAUGAUGAAUAUGCUCAUAUAAGAUCGGAAUACGCAAUGACUGAACAGCAGCUUGAGAUAAGAAGGAAAUGUAGAGAAGCAAAAUUAAGGAGGCAAAAGGAAGAAGAGGAAAGAGAACGUGAGGAACAGCAAAGAAAAAGAGACGAUGCGGACAGAGCUUUCCAGGUUUGGUUAUAUAAUAAAAUAGACGCCGCCAAGCAGGCAAGAUUAAAUCAACCAGACCCCAAGGCUGCACUAAGGGCCAAAGAGGAAAAAGAAAGUAAUGCCCAGUCAGCAUACAGUGAAUGGCUGGAUAUGAAGCGACAACAAGACAAGACACUGAGACAACUGGAGGAAAGAAGAAGAGAAGAGGAAGCCUCUCAGUACACAAUAAGAGAUCGGCAACUUUGUGAUGAGGCAUUUAGAAGAUGGCUCAGAAGGAAGAAACAAGAGGAAGAAUUAAAGAAAGCUGCUGCUGCAAAAAAGAAGAAGAAGAAGCCUAAAUUGAAAAGAAAGGAACAAGCCCCACUGAACUCACAUAAGAUCAGGUAUUAUGAAUAUUAUGGUUACAGGAACACUGUGUCACCUUAACAAAAUGUAAAAUGGAGAUCUCUGAAAAAGGUUAUCUUGUGUCAAGCGUUCUUGCUAGAAGAAAAUAUCUACAUUAUUGAAAGGAGAAACACUUGACUUCAUAAAGUAAUGUAAUGGUAUGAACCACUACAAUGCCUGUGGUCUAAUAUCGGUGUAAUCUCAUUAGAGAAAACUGUCUGAAUUAUUGUAAAAUCUUUAAAAUAAGAAGUUCAAAGAUAAAGAUAAACAGGGAGAGAGAGAUAGGAACACUAAAUGAACAAACAAAAUGACUAACAUGUCACAUGUAACUGUCAAAAUUAAGUGUUGUUUAUGGCUUUUUAGUUAAUUUGUUCUGUAAUGUAGAAUAUUUAUCUCGAAUAGGGCUGCUUAAGGUAAUACAUGAGUUAUUCAUAUCAAGAAAAAUAUGCUCUUGGUCAAUCUAAACUGGAUUAGUUUACAGUAAGUUUCCUUUGUGUGGAACUUAUUGCAGUGGUAGCAGUACUUACGCAGUUAUUUUUUUACUUUGCAGUGAUAAUAAGCUAGGGCAGACUUAAUCAGUUUAAAACUGUAACAACUUAGAGUUUUGGCUCAGUAUAAUGUUUCCUCCAACUGCAGGAGACUUUUUGUUGUAGUUGUUGUUUUUUAUUAGUCUUGUUUUGUUCUGUUAAUUUUUUCCUCUUUUUUUUUGCCUUUAAAAGUGGCUAUAAAUUUUUGAGACCAUAGAACAUUACUCUCAAUAGGUUCAAAGCAAACAUUUUUUACUUUAUUUUUUAUGUAACUCAUAUUUAAAAAAUGUUUUACUUUGUAAUUUUUAAAAUGUUUUAAGUGAAUUAAUUUGCAAAUACGAAAAGCAAAUGUUAUUAAUUAUAUAUUCAAUGAAAAAAAUCCAGUAAGACUGGAAUUGACUGUCAAGCAAACGACAUACAGUUUAUUGGAACGUGUCUCUGAGUAUGGCCAACAUGGUCGCCAGAGGCUUGGAAAAAGUCAGGGGAAACUAAAAUUCGUCAAGUUCAGGAAAAAGUCAGGGAUUUUCACGUUGUGUGAGGGAAAAACUUACAUCUUUGAAGUCAGGGAAAUGUGAAAUUUCAAAUAAAUAUGUAUAAAGUUGUUGAUCCUGUCUUCAUAAUAAAGAUGGUGACCCUUUC